CUUUUCUCCUCUACAUUCAGUUGAAAAUAUCAAUUCCCUUAUUGUAUGAAUCUGAUCACGGAGGACCAAAUGGUAAAUUCUAUCAACAAAGGAGAAUAUUUGAUAAAUAAUGCUUAUUUCACUUUAUAAUUAAAAAUACCAUCUUACACCAACAAAAAAAGAAUCCCAUCUAAAUUGGAUCAAUUUGGAGGAAGGAUAUGGGAAUAUGCAAUUGGUUUCAACACAAGUUCACCGAUCCUCUGCUCCUGGUUCUCCGAGGUGGUGCUGAUCCGAAGCUGUUGUCUUUCUCUGCUGCACUUGGCAUUACAUUUGGAGUAUUUCCUAUUUGUGGUGUCACUGUGUUCCUAUGUGGGAUUGCUAUACCUUUGCUUGGAUCAUUUGUUAACGCUCCCAUUUUGUUGCUUGCUAACUUCAUUGCUACUCCCAUAGAGUUGAGUUUGAUUAUAUCCUUUCUGCGCUUAGGUGAAGUUAUCUGUGGUGCACCCCAUUUCCUUUUAACAUCUGAUGCUUUGAAGAAAGUUCUUACGGGUCAUGCUUCAAGUGAAUUGUUACUAAGCAUUGCCCAUGCGUUAUUAGGGUGGGUCGUCGCUUCACCUUUAAUAUUGGGAAUUCUUUACGUGGUACUACUACCGUGCAUCAACUAUCUAAUUCGCAAACUCAGCAGUCCUCCUUCGAGUCCAAAGAUGCCGCUCCAACCAUUCUCUGAAGUUGGAUUUAAGGUAAGGGAUGUUUGACAAGUUGUCAUUUCAUCUGUGCUCAUCGGGAGGGAUCUACCAUUCUCGUGUUGCCUUGAAUUGUUGUAAUUUCAUACGAAAGACUAAUUACUUCACAAACAGUGUAAAAAAGUGGUUGGUGUGUAAUGAAAGUGUUGUAAAUAUAGGGGUACGGAGUUCCAUUCCUAUUCGUAACAAAUUUGCACGUAUUCAAUAUGGAUCAGUUACUACGGUAAUAUUAUGUCAA